AUGGAGCCGAACGAUCCGUCGGGCAGACUGACCGUCGAGGAUCUCUCCGAUUGUAGAAGCGAGAGCAGUCACUCGGAGAGCCAACUGCGAGCCUUCCAAGACCGCAUCAAGGAGCUGAACCUGUCCGUAGAGAAGUCAAAGGAGGACCCGUCCAUAGAGCCCAAAGACUUCCAUCUGGGUCUAGAGCCUAGCAGAACCUCUAUCCGUUUCGACGACUUCGAGACCCCGACCAGGAAUCUCCCUAUGACGCUGAACAAAGGCAAGGACUACGGUUACAUAGCCGGUAGCCUGAACGAGAUGGCGUAUCCUAUGGACAGGACCAGCGAGAACGACGAGUCUCUUGAGACGUCUAACCUGUGCAGGACCAAGAACCCGACGGCCAAGGAUCUGCUGUCUAAUCUUCGCGAGAACAGGCACAAGAACGUGCACGCAGCUCUGUCGCUUGACAGGUACGGCAAGGACUUGAAUUUCGCCGUGUCGGAGAAAGACAUCAAGGACUUUGGCCUGUUGAAGAACUACAGUCUAGACCGGAUGAAGGAGUUCAACCUGUCGUUGGACAGGAUGAGGGAGAGUCAUAUCGGUAACUUUGCACUGGAGAGACUUCGAGGUGGAGCUGGCCUGCUGGAAAAUCCACCGAUAUUGGAGCACAACGAGCUGAAGAAUAUGCAGAUGCAACCGAGGAACCAGGAUCUAGAGGCUAUCGCGUUGGAACGCAUGAGACGAUCUCAUCUCUUGGGCACCGAUCUCUCGGCCCAGAAUCUCUCCACGCAGAUACCACAUCCGCAUUCAAUCACGCAGAUGCAGCACUCGCAGCAGCAACAGCAACAGCAGGCUAAGUCGUUCACCAUAGACGCGAUUCUUGGGCUCAGGAACAAUCCCAGGGAGAAGCGUAGUCAGCAGCAACAGUACAGGAAGCAUCAGGGUCAGGAAGGCGGCACGAAGAACAGCAGCUCGAGCUCGUGUUCCGGCGGCGGCGGCAAGCUGAAGAGGGUGCGUACGAUCUUCACGGCCGAGCAGCUGGAGAGAUUGGAGGGAGAAUUCGCGAGACAGCAGUACAUGGUCGGGCCCGAGAGGCUGUACCUGGCGCACGCACUCAGGCUGACCGAGGCCCAGGUGAAGGUGUGGUUCCAGAACCGGCGGAUCAAGUGGCGGAAGCACCACCACGAGCAGCAAAGUCAGAGGGUGCACGAGUUCCAGCGAUCGCUGAACUCGUCGCUGGAGCACGAGGACAGCAACGAGACCGACAAAUGGUGA